UCUAAAAAUGCUAAUGUACGCAAAAGAAAAAGUUCCACCACCAACAAUAAUAAUAAAAAAUUAUGUUGUGAAACUAGUUUUCAAGAUGAAAUUGAAGUAAUUGAAGUGGAAUCUGAUAAUGCUGAAAGAAUAUCUAUGACACAGAAUGACAAUAAAAAUAAUUUAUUGCUAGAUAUUGAAUUGGAGGAACGAAAAGUUGCCUUGUUAGAACGCCGAAUUAGAAUUAGAAAAGAAGCUGCUGAAGCCGAGGCUAUUGAAUUACAAAACCAGCAGUUAAAAGCAAGCUUGG